AUGAAGAUUCCCACCAGUCUGCUGAUACGGCUCAGUUCCGUGCAGACGCCCGAAGACUUCAUCAACUCGUUUGUGGUCGGAGCGCCUGAUCGUAUCCGUACAGAUAGCUCGAGCCGCAAAGAGAAUGUUCCAGGCCUGUACGAGGACAAGAUCGCGACGUUCGCCACCUGUCAGGUGCGGCCGACCAUCGUCGACGUGCCCGUGCCGACCAACGCGGCCGAGCUGCGCUGGCCCAGCUGUGUCGAGGUGAACCGCUGCCGAGGCUGCUGCUCUGACUACAUGGCUUGCAACUCUACAGGUGUCGAGAUCGUCUAUAAGAAGGUGUAUCGGGUGCGCUACGAGGGUGCCAACAGCGAGUACUUCACGUACGUCGGCGAAGAACACGUGCCGAUAGAGACGCACAAGCAGAACAGCUGCGUGUGCGCCUGUAAGAUACCUGCGUCAGAGUGCGGCCCCAACCAGAUUUACGAGGAUUGUCAGUGUAAGUGUGUGAAUGGUAACGAGGCGAGCAGCUGCCGCUACCCGCACGAAUGGAACAAGAGUCUCUGCCAGUGCAGAUGCCCCGUGAUCACAGGGUGCGCCACCGGCCAGGUCUUCAAUCACAACACGUGCUCAUGUGACGUAGAUCCCAACGCAGCAAUGACCGCAGGAGACGACACCGCCUUGUUCUCGGUGUUCUCACCCGGCACGUGAGGAGAGUCUCUCACGCAACAUCAGUUUCCUUUCACGAGGAGUUUGUAAAUAAAUAAGCUCGAGGUCACGUAGCAGGCAAGCUCAAUGUCAGGCCGUGAGCAAGCCCAAGGUCACGCCGAGGGCAAGCUUAAUGUCACGCCGCGGGCACGCUCAAGGUCAGGCCGUGGGCAAGCUCAAUGUAACGCCAUGGACAAGCUCAAGGUCAGGCCGUGGGCAAGCUCAAGGUCAGGCCGUGGGCAAGCUCAAGGUCGCCCCGUGGAAAAGAUGGAGCGGCGCUGAGCCGUGGUAAAUGCAUCUGGGCUCUUAGCUCUGUUAGGAUAUGAUAUCCCUCAGCGCUGGGAAACCCACCGCCAUGUGCUAAGACAGCAAUGCCUCACUGUCGAGGCAACGUUGACGCAGUGUAGAGACAACCUGUCUCAGUGUUGACACAUUUCAAUGUUGAGACAAUAUGUCUGGCAUCAAUGUUUGCUCAAUGUUGAGACAGGCUAGACCAGAAUUCUCUAGGUGCUUUGAAAUAAGAUAAGAAAAAUUUUAACGAAGUCUGUAUGCACUCAAUAACACUAGCACGAGCUGUUCUAUUGUCACAUUAUUGAGCAGUUUAUUUAGUCACAUAAACUUGCAAGACACACUUGUCAUGUCAAAUGAGAUAGACUAGAUAUGUAUUACAAUUUAUUUUAUACUUAACACACUCACAAAUUUAAUAUAUCACAUAUAUGUACUAGAAUACUGAUGUUAUAGUGCGUGCAACGUUUGGCUACGCACGUUUCGGAUUACUAAGUGGCUGUCAACUAACAAUACUCUUAACACAAUACUUGAGGAAAAUAGGAACCAACCCUGACUCCUGCCCGUAAUUGCUGAGGUUGCACAUAUACAUGACCACGGGGCAGGCACACGGCGUCAGCCCCUCGUUCUCUCACUGUGUGGUGCUAUGAUCAGACGAGCUAAUGUUGUGAUGGUAAGAUUGCACACGUGUUAUCAUGUAGCUACUACUAGCUGCUGGUACCUGUAUGUUUCACAGAAAACUACUGGACGGAAAUAGAUUGCCUAACCUACUACCAUAAAUUUACGUGUAUAUAUAUAUAUAUAUAUAU